GUUGGCACCCGAGGGGCUCAACCAAGACUUACCGCUCAAACAUUAAUCUGCCAUUAAUUAAGAUGUCGGGAGCCGGGGGUCAGAUAGAGGGAGACCCUAAUGAUCCCGAAUCAGUGGAGUACUUCCAGAAUGAAGAGGUGGACCACAUGGAGGACUGGUUGGACGAACAUCCCUCCUUCGUUCAGGACUACUUCGUUAGGAAGGCCUCCCGUUCUCUCAUUGACAACUGGCUUAUGGCUCACUCGGCGCCCGUAAGCGCUGGUGCGUCCGGUUACACGUCGUGUGCGCCCAGCGCUGACAACUCGGGCUCAACCACUCCGGUCAGGAAGAUAUCGGCCCAUGAAUUUGAGAGGAGUGGCUGUUUCCUGAGG